GCAAAUUUAGCCUUGCAAGAGGGAAGACUUGCAGCUGCCCAAAUGGAACUGAAUAAUGCACAAAUUCAGCUGGAUGAGAAGCAGAUGGAACUAGAUCAUGUACAAGCCAUGUAUGAUACUGCUAUGAAAGAGAAGCAGGCCUUACUUGAUGAUGCUGAGGCGUGCAGAAGGAAGAUGAACAAUGCCACAGCUCUGAUUGAAGGAUUAGGUGGAGAAAAGAUUCGUUGGACAGCAAGCAGCAAAACCUUUCAAAAUCAAAUUAUUAAUUUAGUAGGGAAUGUUCUUCUGGCCACUGGAUUUCUCUCUUACUCUGGCCCUUUCAAUCAGGAGUACAGGAAUUUGCUGCUCCAAUUGUGGAAGAAAGAGAUGGACAACAGCAGGAUUCCGUACAGUAAUGACCUGAACCUUACUGGUAUGCUUGUUGACAAUGCUACAGUGGGUGAAUGGAACCUCCAGGGUCUUCCAAACGAUGACCUUUCAAUUCAGAACGGCAUCAUUGUCACAAAAGCAUCUAGAUAUCCUUUGCUUAUUGAUCCACAAGGUCAAGGAAAGAUCUGGAUUAAAAAUAAGGAAAAGAAUAAUGGACUCCAGGUUACAGCUAUGAACCACAAGUUCUUCAGAAGUCAUAUAGAAGACUGUCUGUCUCUUGGCCGACCUUUGCUAAUUGAAGAUGUUGGAGAGGAACUUGAUCCUGCUUUAGAUAACAUCUUGGAAAAAAAUUUCAUAAAAUCUGGUUCAGCACACAAAGUGAAAGUAGGUGACAAGGAGGUAGAUCUGAUGAAGGGGUUUACCCUUUAUAUGACGACAAAAUUGGCUAAUCCUGCCUAUACUCCAGAAAUUAGUGCAAGAACAACUGUGAUUGACUUUACUGUUACUAUGAAAGGGCUGGAAGAUCAGCUCCUUGGCCGUGUCAUCCUCACAGAAAAACAGGAACUGGAGUCAGAAAGAGUCAAACUGAUGGAAGAAGUGACAUCUAACAAGAGGAAAAUGCAGGAGCUUGAAGAUAAUCUACUCUUCCGUCUAACCAGUACAGAGGGCUCUUUGGUUGAAGAUGAGUCUCUGAUAGAAGUCCUAAGAAUCACUAAAACAACAGCAGAAGAGGUCAGUGAAAAAUUAAACAUAGCAGCGGAGACAGAGGUGAAAAUCAAUACUGCACGUGAAGAGUAUCGGCCGGUUGCUGGUCGUGGUAGCAUCCUUUAUUUCCUAAUUGUGGAAAUGAGCUUAGUUAAUGUCAUGUACCAAACAUCCUUACGGCAGUUCCUUGGCAUUUUUGACCUAUCAGUGGAAAGAUCUCCGAAAUCUCAGAUCACAGCAAAAAGGGUAGUAUAUGUAAUCGAGCAUCUCACCUAUGAAGUCUUCAAGUACACAGUUCGAGGACUGUAUGAAAAUCACAGAUUCCUGUUUACAUUGCUUCUGGCACUGAAGAUUGACUUGCAGGCCAAGAAGGUUUCACACACUGAGUUUGAGACACUGAUCAAAGGAGGUGCCAGUUUGGAUCUGAAUUCUGUGGAACCAAAACCAAAAAAGUGGAUCCUUGACAUGACAUGGCUCAAUCUUGUGCAGUUAUCUAGCUUGUACCCUUUUAAUCAACUUUUGGUGCAAGUUGUUAGGAAUGAGAAGUCUUGGAAAGCUUGGUUUGAUGAAGAAUCACCUGAAAAAGCUGUUAUUCCUGAUGGGUAUGACAGCUUACUGGAUCAAUUCCGUAAACUGCUCCUUGUCCGUAGCUGGUGCCCUGAUCAUACCGUUGCCCAAGCUCGACACUACAUUGCAGAAUCUCUUGGAGGGAAAUAUGUGGAAGGAUUUAUUCUUGAAAUGGAAGCAAUGUGGACAGAAAGCGAUUCUCGAACACCUUUGACAUGCUUUUUAUCAACGGGGUCUGACCCCACUGAAAAUAUAGAACGUCUUGCAAAAUCAAAG